AGAUUUUACGUGUUAAUUCUUCCAAAUCAGGACCGGUGAAUACAUACCGCUCCCCGCUCUUCUUCGGAUUCUCGAAAGCAAUCGACAAAAUCCUCUUUUCUUCCCGCCGAUCAUUCCCCUCUGGACUACACAUCUCCGUCUCCGAAUUCCCCAAAAGCGCGCUUAGGAUUUUCCGUUUCACCAGGUGUAGAUGGACUGGCAAGGGCAAAAGCUAGCGGAGCAGUUGAUGCAACUUAUGUUGGUUGCAUUUGCCGUGGUUGCCUUUUUGACUGGCUAUGUUAUGGGAUCAUUUAGGUUGAUGAUCUUGGUUUACGCUGGCGGUGUGUUUCUCACCACAUUAAUCACUGUUCCGAAUUGGCCUUUCUUUAAUCGCCACCCUCUCAAGUGGUUGGAUCCUAGUUUGGCUGAAAAAUACCCUAAGCCGCAACCGCAGGAGCCUGUGGUUUUGAAGAAGAAACCUGCUAAGAAGUAGGUCAGUUUGAUUGCUGUUGUUCUUGUAUUAACAUACACUUUGAACCUUGAAUUUUCUAAUGUCCCCAAAAUGAUGAUACAUACACUCGUUUUAUGGAUUAUAAUUUUGAAGGUUUAGAGAAUGACAGAUCUCUUUAAAAGAGAACCCUUGUGUUUUUUCUGUUAUAUGGUUAUAAUAGAUUAGAUCAUAAUUGUCUAUCUA